AUGGCUAUUCUCUUCGUUCUUGGAAUAACCAAACCUUCUCUGAUUGCUGCACUUGGGAGUCUGUACAGUGACAACUCCACUCAUAGAGUCAUAAGCCUUUUUCUGAACAAUACAAGACCUUAUAAGUUGAGAAACAUCAGCUGGUCACUCAAUGCUUCUUCUUUUCUCCCCUUCAUCCAGCUUCAAGAGUUGUAUUUGGCUGGGAAUUACUUGUCAGGGCUACUUGGCGAUAUCAGGCUGGUGAACUUGGAAGCGUUGAACUUACAAGUCAAUAUGCUCACAGAAUUCCCAUAUUUCGACCUUUCGCAUUCACGUAAUCUGAAGUAUCUGUUGCUUGAUUCUAAUUACUUGGAGGGUAGUAUUCCAGAAUCUAUUACGUCUCUCACUUCCCUCACCGUAUUGUCGUUAGGCCAUAACAACCUGACAGGAUCGUUGCCACAACAAGGAGGCUUGUGCAAUUUGAAGAAUCUUUUAUUCUUGAAUGUUGCGUGGAAUGAAUUUGGGGGGCAGCUUCCUGCGUGCCUUGGCAAUUUGACGUCUUUACGUUCGCUUUAUCUUCAUCAAAAUCGUUUUGAAGGAAUCUUUCCUUCCUCACUCUUUAAUACUUGGAGGUCUCUAGCAGCAAUUAUUCUUUCCGACGAUAAUUUCAAUGGCUCAAUUUCACUCUCUUCACUUGCCAACAACUCCAACCUCAAAAUCCUUGUCAUUUGUUGCUCCAACACCAACCUGAGACUUGAAACAGAGAAUCCCCCAUUUAUCCCUUCCUUCCAAUUGAGGCUUUUCGGAAUCGUCAACUGCACUCUAAAUGAAGCCAACACUAAAAGAAUGCCCACCUUUCUUCUUCAUCAAUAUGACUUGCAGUUUCUAGAACUUAGUGUCUUGAACAUUUCAGGCACAUUCCCCUCCUGGCUUUUGACAAACAACACAAAAUUGAAUCAUUUCAAUCUCACCCACAACUUGUUCACUGGUCCCUUUGAACUCAAUUCCACCUCAAAAUUGCUUCACAUGGAGUCUUUUGAUAUUUCCUCUAACCCCCUUGGAGAUGAAAUACCUUCUCAUAUUGGCUUUAUUUUUCCCAACUUGAUUUCUCUUGAUAUGUCUUGGACUUCAUUGCAAGGUCUCUUUCCCGCUUCAAUAGGUGAGAUGAGACAAUUGAAUGAUCUUGACUUGUCAUAUAAUAAUUUAUCUGGCUACUUGCCCCAAGAAUUCAGUCAGGGUAACAAUGAAUUGAGAUUUUUGAAGUUGUCAAACAACAACUUGAGUGGCCCGUCCUUACCUAUAGGAUCAAAUUUCACAUAUCUGUUGUUUUUGGACCUUAGCAACAAUAACUACAAAGGAAAGCUUGAAGGUGGAGUUAUGAAUAGUACUGAGUUAAGAAUGUUGGAUAUAAGUGCCAACCAAUUAUAUGGUGAAAUGCCCAGCUGGAUCGGAAAUUUUGAACAUUUGAGCUACCUUAUAUUGUCAAAGAAUUAUUUAAUAGGUCCACUACCAAAAAAUUUUUGCAACUUGACGGCACUUACAUAUCUAGACCUUGCUUAUAAUAAAUUCAAUGGCUCUCUACCAAGUUGUUUGAAUAUGCCGUUGUUGAAGUACUUGCAUUUGCAGAGCAGCCAUUUCAUAGGACCUCUACCUUCCACUUUAGCUAAUUCCCCUUUAUUGAUUUUGGACUUGAUGAAUAACAAUUUUUCUGGACAAAUUCCAAGAUUGAUUGGCUCAUUUUUGAGUUUAAGGGUCCUCAUGUUAAAAGAAAACAAACUUGAAGGCUCUAUUCCUAUGAAUUUAUGUGAGCUCAAGAAUAUCAGUUUAUUAGAUCUUUCUCAAAAUAAGCUUUCUGGAGGCAUCCCAUAUUGCUUGAAUAACAUCACAUUUGGGAAGAUAGAUGCACCAAGGGAAAAGGAAAUAGGACACUUUACUGUAUUGUGGACUACAAGAUUUUCAAGUUAUAAUUUUAACCCUUCGACCGGUGAAGUUUCCAUGCUAGAAGAAAAAGCAAAAGCAAAUGUUACACUGUAUAAAGACCAAGUAGUAAAUUUUAUAACAAAAAGAAGGUAUGAAUCUUACACAGGAAGCAUUUUAAAUUUCAUGUCUGGGUUGGAUCUCUCAAGUAAUCAAUUGGUAGGUGAAAUUCCUUCACAAAUUGGAUACUUAGAUGCCAUCCAUGCAUUAAAUUUGUCAAACAAUCGAUUGAAAGGGCCUAUUCCAAAAACAUUUUCCAACCUCAAGCAAAUAGAAAGCCUUGAUCUUUCCCACAACAAAUUGACAGGCCACAUUCCUGCACAACUAACUCAGCUGUACUCCUUGUCUUCCUUCUCAGUGGCUCAGAAUAAUCUAUCUGGAACAACACCUGACAUGAAAAAUCAAUUUGCAACUUUUGAUUCAGCUAGCUAUGAAGGGAACCCUUUCCUAUGUGGCCCCCUUUUGCUGCGAAAUUGCUCAAUAACAGGGAGAAACAGGCAACCUCAUCAUUUGGAAGCAGAUGAUUUUCGAGAUGCUUUUAUAUGCAGUUUUGCUGGAACAUUUGGAGUCUUUUUUCUAGGUGUCAUUACAGGCAUGCACACUCCUGAAGAUCCCCUUUGA